GGGGGGCGGGACGGGGGGGAAGGGCACGGAAUGGAAGAAGGAAAGGGGAGGGACAGAAAAAAGGGAGUAAGUGGGGGACGGAAUGUAGGUGAACCACGGGGGGCCAAAAAGAUGGAGAAAAUGGGGGUGGGGACAGACGAGAGAGGGACAGAAUGGGGGAGGGAGAAAGAAGAGGGACAGAAUGGGGGGACAAAAAGAAGGGGAGAAUCGGAAGACCGAAGGAAGAAGGACAGAAUGGGGCAGGGAGAAGGAAGAGGGACAGAAUGAGGGUGGGGGCAGAUUUGGAGAGUCAGAGUGGAAAAGGAGAAUGGGGAGUGAGAAGGAAGAGGGACAGAGAUGUUGGGGCAGAAUGGAAGAAGACAGUGAAGAGGGAGACUGAAGAGGAUGGAGAUAAUGGGAUUGAAUGGAGGGGAGAAAAAGAAGGGAAUAGUAGGGAGGUAGGAUGGAGGAGAGAACGAAUGGGGACAGCAGAUAAGUACAAUGGAGAGGGACAGAAGAUAGAGAUAAUUGAGGGUCAGAAGGAAGGAGACAAUGAGGAGAUGGACUGAAGAAGGACUGAGGAUAGGAAAGAAGGAUGGAGAUAAUAUAGAGAUAGAAUGAAGAGGGAGAGAAGGGCAAGGCUAGCUGGGGAAGGAAGGAUGGAAAACAGAAUGAAGAGAUGUAUAAUAGAGACAUUGGGAUAGACACGGGAAAUGGGAGAAGAAAUGAGAAGAUGGGAGACCCAAAAUACAAUAGAAAUGAACAGGAGGAAGGAAGCACUUAACCAGCACUCAGGAAGGGCAAAAGGAAGGUAGGGAAGAGUAGAAGAAAUUAAAAGAAAAGAAGGGAACAUAGGUGAGGUCCAGAACAGAUAAAAGAGGAGGAGGGAAAAGGAACUGAAUGAAUUCAGUGCCUCAAGGAGAGCAAAGGAAGAAUGGAACCUGGUUGGGAAUUGUAUGGACCCCAGAGAUCAACAUUAACUCUACAAUGGGGCCAAACUAAUACUUCAUGAUCUGGGAUGUAUAUUGGCAGGCACAGACUGCUCGCUUGGAUGUUAUAAAACAGGAUUUAACAAAGGGCUACAAAAUAGGGAAUUAUCUCUGCCUGGAUGUGUCGAAACUACUCUCCAACUUGAGACUUGAACCUGGGGGGGUUCUUCCCCCACCCCACUGGGGAAGUGGAGAGCUCUCUUUGCAAUCUUUUUUGGUUGGUUUAUCGGUGAACAUCAACUGAAAGGAACUAGCUGGGAAAAUGGCAACCCCUGUUGUUACCAAGACAGCAUGGAAGCUACAGGAAAUCGUGGCCCAUGCCAGCAAUGUGUCUUCUCUGGUGUUGGGCAAAGGCUCAGGGCGGCUCUUGGCAACAGGAGGAGAUGAUUGUCGGGUCAACCUGUGGUCAGUGAACAAGCCCAAUUGCAUUAUGAGCUUAACUGGCCACACAUCCCCUGUAGAGAGUGUUCGACUCAACACCCCCGAGGAGCUCAUCGUGGCUGGAUCCCAGUCAGGCUCCAUCCGCGUUUGGGACCUGGAAGCUGCCAAAAUUCUUCGUACUUUAAUGGGACACAAAGCCAACAUCUGCAGCCUGGACUUCCAUCCCUAUGGGGAAUUUGUGGCCUCUGGGUCUCAGGAUACAAAUAUCAAGCUCUGGGACAUACGGAGAAAAGGCUGUGUAUUCCGGUAUAAGGGCCAUACUCAAGCUGUAAGAUGUCUUCGGUUUAGCCCUGAUGGGAAGUGGUUAGCGUCCGCUGCAGAUGACCACAGCGUAAAGCUUUGGGAUCUGACCGCUGGGAAGAUGAUGUCUGAGUUCUUAGGACACACGGGGCCUGUCAGUGUGGUGGAGUUUCACCCUAAUGAGUACCUCCUGGCUUCUGGCAGCUCUGACAGGACAAUCCGCUUCUGGGAUCUGGAGAAGUUCCAAGUGGUCAGCUGCAUCGAAGGGGAGCCUGGGCCUGUCAGGAGUAUCCUGUUCAACCCUGAUGGCUGCUGCCUAUACAGUGGGUGUCAAGACUCUCUUCGAGUGUACGGCUGGGAGCCUGAGCGCUGCUUCGAUGUGGUCCUGGUGAACUGGGGCAAGGUGGCCGACCUGACCACCUGCAACAACCAGCUGAUCGGGGUUUCCUUUGCCCAAAGCAAUGUUUCCUCUUAUGUGGUGGAUCUGAACCGGGUCACGAGGUCUGGGACGGUUGUGCAGGACCCGGUACAGGACAGCAGGCCUCUGGCUCAGCCUACACUCUCUGGUCCCACCAUCCGCCGAGGCUACGAGAGGCCGGCCACAGCCUGUAGCAAGCCCCAGAGGGUAAAGCAGAACUCUGAGAGUGAGAGGCGCAGCCCCAGCAGCGAGGAUGACCGGGAUGAGCGCGAGUCCCGAGCCGAGAUCCAGAACGCUGAUGACUACAACGAGAUCUUUCAGCCUAAGAACAACAUCAGUCGGACCCCACCCCAGAGGAGUGAGCCAUUCCCCGCCCCCCCUGAGGACGACUUGGCCAUAGCAAAGGAGGCGCUGAAGCCCAGCCAGGCCAUGGACGUCCAGCUCCCGCUGCCAAACAGAGGAAGUUCUGACUUUGUGCCCAGGCUUCCUGUCGCCACCUCCACCCCGAUGCCCAAAGCCGAGCCUGCCGUCAUCCCCGCCACCAGAAAUGAGCCCAUUGGACUCAAAGCCUCCGACUUCCUACCUGCUGUGAAGAUGCCCAACCAAUCAGAGAUGGUGGAUGAAGACGCCAUGUCUCAGAUCCGAAAGGGCCACGAUACCAUGUGUGUGGUGCUGACCAGCCGUCACAAGAACCUGGAUACGGUGCGGGCCGUCUGGACCACAGGGGACAUCAAGACAUCCGUGGACUCGGCGGUGGCCAUAAACGACCUGUCCGUGGUGGUCGAUCUCCUCAACAUAGUGAACCAGAAAGCGUCUCUCUGGAAGCUGGACCUCUGUACCACUGUCCUCCCACAGAUCGAGAAGCUGCUUCAGAGCAAAUAUGAGAGCUAUGUGCAGACGGGCUGCACCUCCUUAAAGCUGAUCCUGCAGCGAUUUCUGCCUCUGAUCACCGACAUCCUAGCAGCACCCCCUUCUGUGGGGGUGGACAUCACCCGGGAGGAGAGACUCCACAAGUGCAGGCUGUGCUAUAAGCAGCUGAAGAACAUCAGCCACCUCAUCAAGAACAAGUCCGGCCUCAGCGGCCGCCACGGCAGUGCCUUCCGGGAGCUGCACCUGCUCAUGGCCCCCUUGGACUGAGUGACCACCACCACCCCGUGCACGUACACCCUCUGCCCCGGCCCCGCCAGCCUGUCCCAGGACCUGUGCGCGGGGUCUCGAGGCAGAGGAUUCUCCUGACCCCCCCCUUCUCCUCCCUCCCACUUCCCACCCCAGCCCCCAGCCUGCUGGUGCUGCCUCCCUGCGGCUCCCAGGCUGCAGCACGGCCAUCCCUCAGGGCUCUCGCCCACUUCCCAUGCCUCUCCAUUCUCCCCAUCCCGGACCAGCAUUUGGGCCCAGCCCCGGGCCUGGGUCAGGCUGGGACCCGUGUGGCCUUUGUGCCCAGAGACUUGGCCCUCUGCCCCAGCGUCCACACAGGGCUCAGGCGUCCCUGCCAGUGGCGGCGGGCAAGUACACGGUGCCCACCCGGGGUCUCGGCUCUGCCGCAUCUCCUGGUGAGGGAGGACGUGCGGGGGCCACCUCGGAGAGGGGCUCUCUGCUGAGCUUGCAGAUGGCAUUCUUCUCCAAUAAAGAGCUAAGUAACUCGG